CAAAGAUGAGUAUUUCUUCCAGCAUACUGUAAGUAGAGUGUCCAGGUCACUGAAGACUUGACCAUGGGAGCCAAUACUUCAAGCAAAGCCCCAGUGUUUGAUGAAAAUGAGGAUGUCAACUUUGAUCACUUUGAAAUUUUGCGAGCCAUUGGGAAGGGAAGUUUUGGAAAGGUCUGCAUCGUGCAAAAGAAUGAUACCAAGAAAAUGUAUGCCAUGAAAUACAUGAAUAAACAGAAGUGUGUGGAGCGCAAUGAAGUGAGGAAUGUCUUCAAGGAACUCCAGAUCAUGCAGGGCCUGGAGCAUCCUUUCCUGGUGAAUCUGUGGUAUUCCUUCCAGGAUGAGGAAGACAUGUUCAUGGUGGUGGACCUGCUACUUGGUGGGGACCUGCGUUAUCACCUGCAGCAGAAUGUCCACUUUCAGGAAGACACAGUGAAACUGUUCAUCUGUGAGUUGGCCAUGGCCCUAGACUACCUGCAGAGCCAGCGCAUAAUCCACAGGGAUAUGAAGCCUGACAAUAUUUUGCUUGAUGAACACGGGCAUGUGCACAUCACAGACUUCAACAUUGCUGCUCUGCUGCCUAAGGAGACUCGGAUCACCACCGUGGCUGGCACCAAGCCUUACAUGGCACCUGAGAUGUUCAGCUCCAGGAAGGAAACAGGCUACUCCUUUGCUGUCGACUGGUGGUCCCUGGGGGUGACAGCUUACGAGCUGCUGAGAGGCCGGAGACCAUAUCAUAUCCGCUCCAGUACUCCCAGCAAGGAAAUUGUGAACAUGUUUGAGACGGCAAUUGUAACUUACCCUUCUGCUUGGUCACAAGAGAUGGUAUCCCUUCUUAAAAAGCUACUUGAGCCUAAUCCAGACCAACGAUUUUCCCACUUGACUGACAUUCAGAAUUUCCCUUACAUGAGUGACAUGAACUGGGAUGCCGUGCUGCACAAGAGGCUCAUUCCAGGUUUUGUUCCAACCAAAGGCAGGCUCAACUGUGACCCCACCUUUGAACUUGAAGAAAUGAUUUUGGAGUCCAAACCUCUUCACAAGAAAAAGAAGCGCCUGGCAAAAAAGGAGAAGGAGAUGAGAAAAUGUGACUCUUCUCAGACAUGUCUCCUCCAAGAGCACCUUGAUGCUGUUCAGAAGGAAUUUAUAAUUUUCAACAGAGAAAAAGUAAAAAGAGACUUUAAUCAAAGACAAGCCAAUGUGCCCUUGGAACCAACCAGAAACAACACAGAAGAGGAGGAUGGCCAGAAUAACAACCUAUGAAGCUUCAUCACCUUUGGGGGACCGUUCCCAGCACCUGGCCAGAAACUUCUGAUGAUCGCCUCCAGAUGAGCUAACGGCAGCCCUUACCUCACCACACCUCAUGACAUAGAGAAUGUGAAUGAAUGCCCUUCCAAGGUGGCAACACUCUACUGGUCCUGGGCUCCUCUGAUCUGGUUUCACCACUCAUUAACUCUGCGACUUUAAUCA